UUGACUCUAAAAGGUGGAGGAAAGAAAAGUGCCACCAAGGUUGUGAGCUCUAGUUAGGGAACAAAUGUCUUUGGACUUGACAGUGACUCUUAGGCAGUUGCUGGAGUAAGUAGAGUAGAGGCAGAAAUGUUUCUUUUCCUUUUGGGGGUGUGUAGAGCUGUAGGCAGAGUGUGGGCUGUGAAACUGGUGAUCUCAGUUGUGACAAGGCAUAGAAAGAAUGUUACUUUAUACCGGAAGGUGCGCCAGGGCCUUGUCUCUCUGCGGCCCUUUUCGAGUGUACUGGGAUCCUGACCGGCAUGUGGCUCCGUCCCUGUGUAAUCCUGGUGUACGGGACACGUGGUAGAAGAGAGGAGUGCUGUUGAGAGCCAUGUUCAGAUCUAAACCAUGUCGCCAUCCCCUACCGGGUUGGGCCAGGCCUCUAACUCCAUGGGAAAUGGGCUUGUUUGGGGUCCAGGGGGGCUUCAAUCAGGAUGACUCCAUCGUUGCCGGGGAGCAAGUGUGUGCGGGCCUCUUGGGCUGGGUACUGGGUCCUGUGUUGUACCAAAGGACUCCUUUUAGGUGCCCACAUCUUUAGUUCAAGUUCCAAGUGCAUGCGAGCAGGUGGGGGUUUUGUUUGCUUGUUUUUCAGUUAACAGUCAAGUCUUCAGUGUUCUGUGUUUAUCCUCAUUCUCACAGUGCCAGCCUCACCCGAGCCUGGGGUAGUCGCCCCGCACCCUUGCCCCAGGAAACAGCAUUUGUCCAGCGGGAGUGUCCACGAGGGUUAUUUUCUUUUCUGGACCUGUGUCACGGGUGGACUCCUAGUCAGUCCUAUAUGUGAGCAAUGGCAGGCGCUGGUGAGCGCAAAGGCAAGAAGGAUGACAAUGGCAUCGGCACGGCCAUUGAUUUUGUGCUCUCCAAUGCCCGGCUGGUGCUGGGGGUGGGUGGAGCAGCCAUGCUGGGCAUUGCCACACUGGCAGUUAAGCGGAUGUACGAUCGGGCAAUCAGCGCCCCUACCAGCCCCACCCGCCUGAGCCAUUUAGGGAAAAGAAGCUGGGAAGAACCAAACUGGAUGGGCUCCCCCCGACUGCUGAACAAGGACAUGAAGACGGGCCUGAGCCGUUCCCUGCAGACCCUGCCCACGGACUCCUCGGCUUUCGACACCGAUACAUUCUGCCCAUCCCGGCCCAAGCCAUUGGCCAGGAAGGGCCAGGUAGACUUGAAGAAGUCACGACUCCGCAUGUCCCUGCAGGAGAAACUUCUCACUUACUACCGGAACCGGGCCGCCAUCCCUGCCGGUGAGCAGGCUCGGGCCAAGCAAGCUGCUGUGGACAUUUGUGCUGAGCUCCGGGGCUUCCUGCGGGCCAAGCUGCCUGACAUGCCGCUUCGGGACAUGUACCUGAGCGGCAGCCUCUACGAUGACCUGCAGGUGGUGACAGCCGACCACAUCCAGCUCAUCGUGCCCCUCGUGUUGGAGCAGAACCUGUGGUCGUGCAUUCCCGGCGAGGACACCAUCAUGAACGUCCCUGGCUUCUUCCUGGUCCGCCGUGAGAACCCGGAGUACUUUCCUCGUGGCAGCAGUUACUGGGACCGCUGUGUGGUCGGGGGCUACCUCUCCCCAAAGACGGUGGCAGACACGUUUGAGAAGGUCGUGGCUGGCUCCAUCAACUGGCCGGCCAUCGGCUCCCUCUUGGACUAUGUUAUCCGGCCAGCACCGUCCCCGGAGGCCCUGACCCUGGAAGUGCAGUACGAGCGUGACAAACAUCUUGUCAUUGACUUCCUGCCAUCAGUGACCCUUGGUGACACCGUCUUGGUGGCCAGACCGCACCGGCUAGCCCAGUAUGACAACCUGUGGCGGCUGAGCCUGCGCCCUGCUGAGACGGCGCGCCUGCGGGCUUUGGACCAGGCUGACUCGGGCUGCCGCUCUCUGUGCCUCAAGGUCCUCAAGGCCAUAUGCAAGUCCACUCCGGCGCUGGGCCGCCUCACUGCCAGCCAGCUCACCAACGUCAUCCUCCACUUGGCCCAGGAGGAGGCUGACUGGUCUCCUGGGAUGCUGGCCGAUCGAUUCCUGCAGGCCUUGCGGGGACUCAUCAGGUACCUAGAGGCCGGGGUCCUGCCCAGUGCCCUCAACCCCAAGGUGAACUUAUUCGCAGAGCUCACCCCAGAGGAAAUAGAUGAAUUGGGAUACACUCUCUAUUGCUCGUUGUCUGAGCCGGAGGUGCUGCUGCAGACGUAGGGCAAGUGAAGGCCAGAGCGGGUGUGGGGCAGUCAGGCUCUGGAUCCUCUGUCAGAAACACCCGGCCACGCGGUUGGUGCCUCGCAGGGUCCCUAGGUGCCUCCUGUCUUGCCCUGGUCACUUCAUGCUGAUUAGAAUGACAUUGCUUGAUUUCCUAUUUUCUCAAACCCAGCCCUUUCUAUUUUUGUUACCAAACACUGUGCUCCCUACUCCUCCACAGCCCCUUGCUCCGGGCUGAUUUUCUGGAAUGAAUUGAGAAGGUUGAGCACUGCCCAAGCUGUUGAAACUGCUCGGUGUUCUGCUGCCCUGCCCUGCCCUGCGGCCUGUCUCUCCUCAGUGUUUCCUCCGACUUUCUCUUUCCCUCGAGUUUGCACCUUUUGUUUUGUUCCUUCCCCGGAGCACACCUGCCUGAUCCAGAUGUUGCCUUUCGUUGAAUGUCACCGAAGUUAUUGCACAAUUCCAAGCUGAGCUCUGCAGAGAGUGCUCAAGCAGUAUUUAGGGUGCCUGGCGGUGAGAUGGUGCAAGAGCUGGCCUUUGACCCAGGUUCCUGGAAGAGAAGCCCAUUCCCCCAGUCUCCUGAUCUGCUCACAUCUGUACUGCUGAGAAGGUUUCUCAUGGGAACACUGUUAGUGACCCACCCAGGAGUGAGGGCCCAGGAAAAACCAGAUGCCAUCAGUGCAGAGUAGGAGAGCCGGGGGUGGUACGGGGGCCUGGGAGAGGGUCUGUGUGCCUGACGUCUGUGCUGCAUCCUGCUCCAGACAUUGCCCCUGUGUGCGGGAGUCAGGUGCAGACAAGGGAGGGAAGGAGCCGCAAGGGCAGCACCUCUGCACAACUGUCCUCGUUCACCCCCUUUCUCCCUGAUUGCCAAUCAGGACGAGGCCUUCAAGAACCCAGCCUUAGCUGUAGAGGUUGAAGGGAGCUUGACAGGCAGUAGAACGUCAGCUGGAAGAUCCAGUCACCAGUUGGUACUCAGUGAGCACAUUUUUCUCCCAUCAGGCUCUGCCUUUCUAGGACAUUGUCUUAGAGCGAGAGCCAGAACAGGCUUGACUGCUGUAGGUAUGCGAGGGCGCUGUUUGCUGAGCUCUCCAGGCACCUCCAGAGCCAAAGGGCCAGCAAGCCUGCUCAGACUUCUCCCCACCCCCAGUCCCGUCUCUGCCCAGCACCUGGGGAGAUUGGUGCUACCUAGGAAGAGUGCACACAGAUGAAACACAUGUGAGAGGGGGUAGGGACUUCCUGUGCUCCCUGUUUCUGGCUGCUAAAAUCGCAGUAUUUAUUGUAAUGUAAAAAGUGUCCUGAGUGGGGACAGGAGUGAUGAAUACACAAUACCAGUGCUGCUUGUUCUGUGUGUUUUUUCCUGUUUAUGACAAGAGUCUGAUAAUUCUGUUUCUGAUCCACCCACCCAGUAUUUCAUUCAGCUCCCAUGAAGUGGUGGUAUUUUUUUUCUAUUCUUACUACCUCUCCAAUCAGUGAUUCUGGGGAAGCUCUCUGCAGCUGUUUCAUUCCUUCCCGGCUACAGCAACAGGAAAUGGCUCUAUGAAUAGCACUGGAACCUCAGCUACCCUCUGAGUUUAGGGUAGAGACUCCUGUCUUUCAUGGAUCAGGGGGUUGAGAACUGGGGUUAAUUUUGGCUAUAUUUGGAAAGUCUUCCUGCCUCUGAGAUGUGUAUAAGGGUUCCUUAAAGUGGCUUUGUUGUUUCGUUUCUAUGAGGCUGUUGGAACAGAAUGAAAAGUGUAAAGCCCAGAACCUGGAAAAAGAUUAUCCACCCUGGCUGUUCAUCAGAAUUAAAUUGGAGUUUUAGAAACUCUGUACUCCCAGGUGCUGUCCUGCGUGAGUGCCUGGCGUAGUGUCCAGGAGAUGGGCGGGCUGAGGAGGCGUUGACAAAGCUCGGGUCAUUCACAGAGAUGGCGGAUUUGGUUUUCCCAGUCUCGUAUAAAGCCAAGUUUUCCCAAGCUCAAAAAAGAUUUUAAAGAUCAGGUCUCAGAUUAUCAAAGCUAAGUGUGAUUGUGAUUUGAGUUUAUCUCCUCUCUUAAAGAGCAUCUUUCUGAGGGCAUCUCUGCUUCUUAACUAUGUUUCACAAAACCAAAAUCUGUAACUUUGCCAUUUCACAAACAAGAACCUUCUAGAAGCCCUCAGAACUGGAAGCAGUGGGAAUUCCCCAUCCUGGUGGCUUUGCUGACCAACUCAGCAAGCCUCACCAUAAAACAUGGACGGUCGAGGUUUUUCAGAUUCUUGGGAGGAAGAGGGAACAUCCUGUCCCCUCCACCUUUAAUCUUUGGGGAAAGAUGUGGUGCCUUUCCCACCAUUCUGUGUUUCCACUCAGUAACUCCUGCCUCUUCUGAUGUCAUAGCAUCUGGUCCUACUUCUCUGUCUGAGGUUUUUUUUUUUUUUUUUUCCACACCAUCUAGGUUAGCAAACCACACAGCCUAAUGCUUAAAAAAUAUACUCCAUCUUGACAUUUGUGUCAAUUCCAAAGUGUAUUUUUGUUUUCCCUUCCUUCAAAAAAUGAGUUUAGGACACCAGUAUUUUUCUUUAUACACUUGGUUGUGACUUAUUUUUUUCAAAUAAAUGAUUGAUGCUCAUGUUUGGAAAAGCUAUGUUGAGGCCUACAGUCUUUCUUCCUGGGUCUCCGCCCCUGCUGGUCCACCGGUGGACGUUCCAGAUUAGCUGGGUUUGCUCCCGUGUGUUCCACCGAAGUCGAGAGCGCAGGUGGGUUUGAAGGGAAUCAGUCUCAGGAUCCAAAGGCCCUGGAGAGGCCCCAAGGGGUUUCUGUAAGUAGGGUCCCUGCACAUGUCCUGAGCCCUCUGCUUGGGCCACCUCCGUGAGACUGUGAUCCUGGCUGGGAACUCUGCCCUUCCUCCUGAAGCUCAAGGCCAAAGAGAUGCGUAGGACUAGAGAUGUGAGGCUGUCACCCUUUUAGACACUGCUGACUCUAAGUGGCCAAAGUGCCCGACAUGGGGGUUCAUGGGGGUCCUUGAGUUAAUGGAUACAGUGUACUGUUUACCUUUUCAUUUUGAUCACCUUGUAGUCUUUAAAUUUUUGGUCCGACACCAAGUCCACAACUUGUCUUCCAGUCACUUGCCUGCUCUUCAGUAGCAGUUGGUAUGUUUGGCUGGCAGAUUUGGAACCAGUCACCAAUCUUUCUGUCCUGUCUUGGUUAGCUCCAUGUACAAGCAGCUUAACCCUGAGACCUGGAGAACAACUGUCCUUUUUCUUCGGGGAGGAAAUAGAGAACAUGGUGUCCUUCCACGGCAUGGGAAAAAUAAAAUAAAAGCCUCCUUUCCAACA